AUGUUUGAAGUUAAUAUCAGACAUUUAGGUGGCCUGCUAGCAGCCUACGACCUAAGUCACGAGCCAGCCCUGUUGGCAAAAAUGUUCGAGUCCAUCCAGGCUGCCACGGAGACCGAAUAUGCCAAUGCUGCCAUUGAUGAUGUGACUAUCACUGGCAAGCCAUCGCAAAGGGAUUCAAUGGAGAGCUUCUGGUUCGCAGAAACACUAAAAUAUCUCUAUCUCAUCUUCUCACCACCUAAUCUUAUUAGUCUGAAUGACUACGUCCUUAACACCGAGGCACAUCCAUUAAAACGUCCAAAGUAA